AUGAUUAUUGAUAUGGAUAGGUAUAAUGCUAAUGAGGAGAAGAAUUCGAAUUUUAUAACCCAUAAAAAGAGUGUUGAUGAAAAUAUGAAUUCUAGAAGUAGAAAAAGUAGUUUUAUUGAAUUCCAAUACGACAAGGUUGUAAAUAAUGUGUUAGGAUUAUUCAAGAAACAGAACAAGCAAAGAUUUCUGUCAACGUCAUCUGCCUUACGCAAUGACAUGCAAGAGCAAAUUUUAAGCUCUCGCUUAUUCCUAGACUUAUGUGAAGAUAGGGAGAUACUCUUACAUAAAAUAUUAAAAAAAAUAAAUAUUUUGAAUUUAAUUUAUUUUCGCUUUUUAAAAGAAUCUGACAUUGAUGACGUAUUCGAUUUGCACAAGGAGAUCUUUCCCGUAAAGUACCACUCCGAUUUUUACUUCAGCAUUUGUAAUUUUGCCGAUGAUAAAGUGAUAGACGAUGAGGUUACAAGAGUCGUUGAGAAGAUUGCCCGCUCCCUCAAUGGCAGCGAGGGCGGCAAACGGCACGACGGCGUAGUGAAUAGGGGUGCACUGAACAGAGGUGUAGUGAACAGGGGUGUAGUGAACCGGGGUGGAGGCGUACGGGUCAGAGGGGGAAGCAACGGAGACGGUUGCGCUGUAUCGCGUGGAGGAGGCAGCGCUAACCAGUUAAGCCCAACCCCCCUGGUGGAGAAAAAUGACCAGGCGGUAAAGGAGCGCAGUACCUCGCCGCGAAAUGACGAUGAUCACAAAAUGAAAGGAAAGAAAACCGACGGAGGAGCAGAAACUGAGAAAAUUUCAGACUGCAACGACGAUGAUUUAGAUAACAUUUCAAAUAAAAAAUUAGUAAACUCGGAGGAUUACAAUUCGUCAAAUCGUUCCGUAGACACAGAUAAUGAUGGGAAGAAAAGAAUAGAUAAAAAGUGGAAGGAAGAGGAAAUUUUCUCCAUUGGUGCCUUCCUUCCCUUUUCAUUUAUUGAUUAUAUAAACAGUGAUCAUGUUACUAAAUUUCUGAAGAGUAAAACGAUAGAAAAGGUGAGUGAAAAGGAGAUCCUACUAGAUUAUAUCAAAUUUAUGGACGACAGUAAUAGGGCACGUAAUGGUGGAAGCGACGCAAAUUCGGCGCACACAGCCCAGUCAGUGGACUCCACGCAGUCGAUCGACACGGCCCAUUCGGAUGACCGCUGCCAUUCGGAUGACCGCUGCCAGUCGGACGACCCCUGCCAUUCGGACGACCGCUGCCAGUCGGACGACCCCUGCCAGUCGGACGACCCCAGCCAGUCGGAUGGUCAUAUACAGCCGGAUGGUCGUGUCAAGUCUGCUGGGUGCUCCCCUUCAGCGGGCAGAUCAAAUGGCAGAAGACAACCGCCUAGUAAGCUCCGCACCAAGUCAAGCAAUUUGGCAAACUCAUCUACUAAGUGUUUGCCCACCAUUUGUUUCUCGCAAAGCGCCCAGAAUGAUUCCCCUGUGAGUAAAGCAAAAGGAGAAAUGUAUAGCAGUGAUAAGCACAGGGAUAGUAAACACGGCGCUAGUAGGAGUGCAAAGAAGGCCACGCCCCACAGCUGGGUCAGCUACGGAAAUGGACACAAUAUGUGCAGGUACAACGGAACGCACCUGGAAGAAUAUAUAAAAAAAAAGGAAAUCUUAAAGGAAGAGAAAAACCACGUAGAACAUAAAAAGGAGAGCACUGCGAGCGACCAACUGGAUGAUAAAAAUAGAGAUAAACGUAACAGUUUCAAAAAGGAGGAGUACAUUAAGAAGUACCCCCCAUCAGAGGAGGAAACGGAAAAGGAUACGAAGCGGGACGGUGCCCACAGCCGUAAGGGUAGCAGCAAUUGGGUGUCUACCCCCCAGAAGGACACUGGUGUGGGAGGCGUGAGAAGCGGCGAAAUCGUGGGAGGUGGCGAAAGUGGGCAGACGCACCGUGGCGCGCAGUUCAGCAGCUACCUAGGCAACCUCCACAACAACAUGUAUGAUGACAAUAAUCGGAACAUUCAAAACAUUUACAGACAGUUGAAGGAAAAAAACAUAGAAUACGAAGAGAGAGGUAACCCAAUUCUUGGGGCAGAAAAUGUGAUAAGUCGACUGAGAGAUAAAAUAUGCCUAAACAAAGAAACGCUCAAUUUGUACAAUCGUAAUAAAAAGAGAGUGAAAAAAGACUACCUCGUUGGGAGUGUGUCAAAUUUGAUUAACUACCAAGAUGCUAGAAACGAAAAGGAUUUCAUAAAUAUAUAUAACCAUUAUAAAAAAAAAACGAAUAACUCAAAAAAGGGGAAGAACUACUUAAAAUAUGUGUACGAUUCGUCUUUGAACUUUUUAGAGAAUUAUAUCCCGCUAGAUAAAAAUGCGAAUUCCAGCGGGAGGGAAAAAACGACAAGCAUCUUCCCAUCCAAUAAUCUGAAAAAGACGGAUCAAAAUGAGCUAUUCAACGGGAGCACAGUCCAUACAAAUGGAAGAAGUGAUAAAAUGAAAACCCAGUCGAGCGGUAUGCUAAACCAAAAUGGGGAAAAGGUACCUAACUGCUCCUCCCAUCCGUUCGAUCAGGAAAAAAAAGCACUCGUACAUCUGCACAACGUGCUGAACGACUUAUCCGUUUUGCGGACUCAACAUAUCAAUAAAGAUACAAAAUUUGAAAAGAAAUUGUAUGAAGAAAUUUACAUGAAUGAAAAUAUCAAAACGAUGACCAAAAAAUACAUUAAAAAAAAAAUCAACAGUAUUUACAUUUUAACAGUGGGAAUAAGUGAGUACUUUAGGGGACUGAACUUAGCUUCCUACCUCAUUGAAUACACCGUGUUUUAUUUCUACUUCAUCAUUUACAGAAUAUUUCUCUACAAGAGUAAAUUUUACUGCUACAUUGAUAACGAUAUGUUUUAUAGCAUUUCGACUAGCCAUCUGAGGGACGAACACCAAGACGAUUUUUUCGACGAGGGUUUACUCACGGACAACACGUCGGACGAUUUCUACUCCAUUCUAAGUGAUGAGAAAUCGUUCUCCGAUAGGGAAUACAAGAGGAAGAGCUUAAAUGGAAAGGAAGACACGUUCAUAUGGGAAAUAAUGAACUGCUUAGAAGCGGAAAGGAAACCAUCCGAUGGGGAACGAAGUGGUCCUAGGAGCAGUUUGCACGAACAGGUGGAGGAACAGAAAAACGAAAAAAACUGUGCCAAUCGGAAUGACUGUUCGCAGAAAGACGAUUUCGUCACUGCGCAAACGGAUGACGAGAACAACGAAGCGGCAUCCAAUUUUAAAAAUAAGCCCCCCCUUGGUGGUAAUUACCCAACUCAGCAGAACGCUCAUCAAGCGGACCAACAUGGGAAUGGCAGAAGGGAGAGUUAUCAAAUGGGGGACAACUCCCCCCUUUCUUUUAAAACGUACAAAAUGAACAACUUGAGUAGUCACGCCAAUCAUGCAAACAGACAGAAAAACAAGUGGGGCACCGAAAAGUCCAAAAAUUAUAGCAUUUCGAAUGGAGUUCUACGGGAGUGUUACAAACAAAUCAUACUGAAUGAUUAUUUGCACCACCUGUAUGUUAUUAUUCAAAAUAAAAACGCGGAGAUGUUAGCAGAGAAGGGGACACAAAAGGGAGAGUCUCAGAGAAGAGACCACCCUUUCCCUCCGUUCUUUAAAUUCCCCCUAUUUAAAAAUCCCCUGUACUGCUCAAGCCUUAACAAUAAAAUGCUGGAUUUUUUUUUAAACAAUUUUUGUGCCUUCAAUUUGAAAAACAGACCAUUUUUCCACCUAAAAAAUGUGAAUGCAAAAAAGGCCUGCUUGGAUUAUAAUGAUGAUGAUGUGUCCCUGCCUCUGUACAUGUACCUACAUGUGAUUGAUUAUAACAAAGCGGCCAUAAAUUUGUACAACAAGCUAAGCUUCGACUAUAUUUGCACGUAUGACAAUUUUUAUGAUAUAAACAAAAUGACCUUCUCUUCCUAUUUGUAUGCGUAUUUCUUUUAG